CGCCGCUGCAUCCGAUCAGAGAAAUAUAGACCCCUGCGGCUCUCAUCACACAUCCGCGGUGAUCCUCAACGCCCUGUUUCUCUGCAGGUCGUCUUUUGAACUUGUUCGGUUCUGACAGAAAUGGAUUAGCUGAGAGCGAGACCUCUUUUCCGUCCACACUCUCUUCAUCUCUUUAUUUCUCUCUCCCUCACUACCUCACGAUGGCGUCAUGCUCUCCAGCUGUGCGUUUUUGCCAGAAGUUGAACAGGCUGAAAACGUUAGAGGACGACAUGAUGGCCACGUCUCUGAGGCGCUGCCUCUCCACACUGGACCUGGCGCUGCUCGGUGUGGGUGCCAUGAUUGGGUCAGGUCUGUACGUCCUCACUGGAGCCGUUGCCAAGGAUUUGGCUGGACCAGCUGUUGUGCUUUCAUUCUUGGUGGCUGGCGUGGCUUCCCUCAUGGCAGCUCUAUGCUAUGCUGAAUUUGGUGCCCGUGUCCCCAAGACAGGCUCCGCCUACAUGUUCACAUAUGUCUCCGUCGGGGAGAUCUGGGCUUUUUUGAUUGGCUGGAAUGUCGUUCUGGAGUAUAUGAUUGGCGGCGCAGCAGUGGCUCGUGCUUGGAGUGGGUACCUGGACUCCAUCUUUGACCACCGCAUCCGGAAUUUCACAGAAAGUCACGUGAUGCGCUGGGACGCACCCUUCCUCGCCAGAUAUCCAGACUUCCUUGCAGCAGGAAUACUGCUGAUUGCGUCUUUUUUCAUUUCAUUCGGUGUGCGUGUCUCAUCCUGGCUAAAUCACAUCUUCUCUACAGUCAGCAUGAUAGUCAUAGCCUUUAUCCUGGUCUUUGGUUUUGCUCUGGCUGAUCUGGAUAACUGGAGCGCUCGCAAAGGCGGGUUUGCCCCCUAUGGAUUCUCGGGAAUCAUGGCAGGAACAGCCACCUGCUUUUACGCGUUCGUGGGAUUUGACGUGAUUGCUGCAUCCAGUGAAGAGGCACGUGACCCUCGGAAGGCUGUUCCCAUGGCAACAGCUAUAUCGUUAGCUCUGGCAGCCACAGCCUACAUCCUGGUCUCGAUGGUUUUGACACUGAUGGUCCCAUGGAACACACUUGAUCCAAACUCGGCGCUCUCCGAUGCGUUCUUCCGGCGUGGGUACAGCUGGGCAGGCCUCAUCGUGGCUGUGGGAUCCAUCUGUGCCAUGAACACGGUGCUGCUCAGCAACCUCUUCUCUCUGCCUCGCAUUGUGUAUGCCAUGGCUGAGGACGGCCUCUUCUUCUCCGUCUUCUCACGUGUAAAUCCUGUCACCAAAGUGCCAGUCAUUGCCAUCUUGGUGUUUGGCAGCCUUAUGGCUUUAUUAGCGCUCAUCUUUGACUUGGAGGCUCUUGUCCAGUUCCUGUCCAUUGGCACGCUGUUAGCGUACACCUUUGUAGCUGCGAGUGUUAUCGUUUUGCGCUUCCAGCCUGAAAGAAAUGUCGGUACUAAGAAAGAUGCACCAGCGCCCUCGCCAGGUCAACAGAGCAUCACUGCCUCCGAGCUCAAGGAGGACAGCGGUGAGCUGAAGGAGUACGAGUCGUUUUCAGAUAAACUGCGCUUGGUGGAGAGGCAGAAGUUCCCAGGUGCCCUUCGUGCCCGUUGGGAGCCGUACCUGGGUACGGUGUUGGGGGACUGGGCACCGGGCGAGGUGGUGGCAUUCAGUGUGUUGGCUCUGAUGGUGAGCGCCGUGUCACUCUGUGCAGUUGUUGUUUUUGGGCAGAGUUACCUGAAGCUGCCUACAUGGAGCUUUGUCCUGCUGCUUGUGAUCUUCAGCUUAGCGUUCAUCCUCAGCCUCAUCGUCAUCUCUGUCCAUGAGCAGCAAAAGAACACCAAGACCUUCCAGGUUCCCCUGGUGCCAUUUGUUCCUGGUGCCAGCAUCCUGCUGAAUGUGUUUCUCAUGAUGAAGCUCAGUUCUCUCACCUGGCUCCGGUUCACCAUCUGGGUAGCUGCAGGGCUGUUGGUGUAUUUCGGUUACGGUAUCUGGCACAGUAAAGAAGGCCUGAAGGAGCCGCAGUGUGUUUCCGCCCGUUACGUGGUUCUCCCCAGCGGGAGUCUGGUGGAAACUGUCCAGAACGUCCAGCCCGAGGGACACACACACACUCACUCACCCCCCACAAACACUCCCACGCCGACCACCGACCCACAAGCCAACAGAUGAUCUGUGUAUGUGUGCGAACACAUGAUAAACAUGCUAGUUGUGUAGUGUGUGUGUGUGUGUGUGUGUGUGUGUGUGUGUGUGUGAGUGUGAGGGUGUGUAUUUUCUCCUUUACUGCCACAGUCUGUUCUGCCUUUCUGAGGAUCACGACUAGGUCCUAGAUUUGGGAAUGUUGAUUAGUUUGAGGAAACACCAAGAGAUCGUACUGGACGUGUGUGAGUGAGUGUGUGAGUGUGUGAGUGUGUGAGUGUGUGAGUGUGUGAGUGUGUGAGUGUGUGAGUGUGUGAGUGUGUGAGUGUGUGAGUGAGUGAGUGAGUGAGUGUGUGAGUGUUAUAUUUGUGUAGUUGAGACUCAUUCGCUCUUUGUUGAAUCACUUCCUGUGUUGAUUUACUACUGAGUUUAGCCAAAUAUACAGCAAAAGUCUGAAUCAUUACCAAGAACUGUUUCUAUUUCAGCAGUUACACUCUAAUCCAUCACCAUGUGCAGUAUAUUACAUUAAUUUCUCAAAAUGGAUAUGAACAAGUUUAUUUACAACUUAUUUUCUGGAAUAUUUACACAACAGUGAGAUAUAAGUGAAGAGAUGGCUACCAUUUUAUAUCCAGACUACACUGUAAUACUAAUGCCACUCUAUAAAGUGGUGUGUUAGUGUGUGUUUAUGGUAGCUGAUGCGCUCCAUUACUGGAAGAACACAUGAUGCACUUAGGAAUCUUUUUCUCCAUGUAGUCUUCGUUUCAGCUUUCGCCUGUUAUAGAGUUUUGUGGGCGUGGCUAAAUCUAAACCAUCUAUGUUGUGAUUGUACUUGGUAAUCUGCUGGAGAUCAGUGUAUUGAAAUACACACAUUUGUGCAUAUUUUUAAAAAUCAGUAAAAGUUUGGAUUGGCCACAAAAAUAUUUAUAAUGUUACCUUUAGGAAAAACAAUCCUUAAAUUAUUGCAAAUAUUGAAGUAUCUAUGAAGUAGUAUCUCUUCCUUCUUCAGGCAAAUGAAGAGGGUUGUGUUUGCCUGGUAGAGUUCAUGUUUCCGGGUAAACGUUAAAUUAUUCAGUAUUUUCAUCAAUAAAUUUGUUUAGUUUCAUUUUGUUUACCAUUUAAUUUUUAAAUAAGAAGACUUUUUUUUUUAGUUUCACAACAAUGAAGAAUUCUUUAAAUUAUCUUCCACUGUCCUAAUGGAAGAAAACAUUGGAUUCAAAGUGGCAUGACCCCAGAAAAGUCCUGACAGCUGAUGAAAUGAACAGUUCAUGGUAAUGAAAUCAAUUCAUAUCAUUGGGUUUUUGUGGCUUUUCCCAUCAUAUUAUUAGCCUGGAUUGUUAGCUGUGAUCUGAUAGAAAAGGCGUAGCUAGCAGUUUAGAAUUUUGGAUUAAACUCCUGCAUGUGAUUACGACUUAAUGAGACGUUCAUGUGCAACACUGAGAAUGGCAAACACGCAUGAAUGCAGCCUCAGUUCAGUUCACAUGCUCUACGAGGUGUUUAUUUAGAGGUGUUAAUGAAGUGUUUCAGUUUUGGAGUGAGUCUGGAGUGAGUCUGGAGUGAGUCUGGAGUGUGAACACCAGCCGAAUGUGUACUGAUUUAGGAGAGGACCUUAGGGAUGAGUAGCACUUUUCUGACACAGUGUGCGGUUUAUUGCUGAGAUAUUAGAGGUUUGUUGAGCUGACAUAAGCAAGGACAAUCAUUGAUGCUGACACACACUCACACACUCUCACACACACUCACACACACACUCACACACACUCACACAUUAUGCUAGAAUUAAAAGUCUUUACACACUGUUGUAGAUUCAUCUCAGACCUCACAAAAAUAUUAAUAUAUUUGAACCAUGAUUAUAUUUUAUUUAUCUUUCUCUUUAAUAUUUAUUUGUAUUUAUUUAAAUGUCUCCAUCAAGUCCGACCUCAUUCCAGAGUUUUAUGUUUCAGUGGAAUGUCCAUUCAUUUUAAAGGCAGCUUAAGUGUCAGGACCAAAGGUUAAUAUGCAGCAGUGUUGCACUGGGCUAUGGUCAUUCAUACAGCUGCGCACACACACACACACACACGCACACACACACACACUUUCAAUGCCUGCCAGUUCCCAUUUAGGGAUUAAAAGCAAGCGCUUAUUUAGACAUGUCAUAUGAUAAGCACAGAUUUUACAUGACCUUUUUUCUCUCUUUAUCUCUCACACACAUACUAUUUGUGCAUCGUGUGUGUGUUUGUCUGAGAGAGAGAGAGGGAGAGAGAGAGAGAGAGAGAGUGAGAGUGCAAGGGCAAGGCCUCGAGGUCUCAAUUAUUCAGUCAUUCAGGUCAUGUGGAAUACAAUGUAAUUAAGAAAAGGAGUUGAAAUCGGAUCAGUUUAGGUAUUAAAGCUUGACCAGUGUAAACACUUUGUCCCCAAAACUGAUCCCAAAUUUGAAGAAGCUAAAAGUUUUGAAAAUUAUUGGAGAACACCUAAAAUGUUGAAGGACAUCAAGAGUGAUGAAUUAAACUCUCUAAAAUUAAAUCUAUUAUAUAGUAACAUUUUUAGUAAUCUAUUUCAGACAAAUUCCAUAUGUAUUUCUGAAAAAUAAUACAUUAUUAAAUUAUUACACCUUAUUAAAAUCAGUGUGUGGCAGCCAAUCACAGUCCACAGCUACAGUUACAAUUUGUUUGUACUACCAAUUGCUAAUAAUUGGCCUUUGUAAUUAUGGAGAUGUUUAGAUCUCACUGAAUGUUCAUCACUUUGUACUACAGCACACUCUGCUGAACACUCCCCAUGUUGCACUGCUGCAUAUAAACACAUAGUACAAUGGUACGUUAAAGUCUGAAGUCACAGCUAAGAACUUAUUUGUUAAACACCACUACAAUGUGUUUAUGUUAAUUAUUAAAGAAUAUAUAAUUUAUUUGUUAUGACAGUUGCACACUCGGAUGCUCGGAGAUUUGGACGCAUCAGUGAGUCUGUAGUCCAGUAGCACUCAGUGCUCCUUCGUUAUGAAGCUUUGAGUUUUGUUCAUUUCUGUUUUGUCUGCUACUGUAUCUCCUCUUAUCUACUGUAUAUCCUCUGAUCUGUUGAUUAAAUAAUGGAACACUG